CUGUAAAGACUGUCGCUUUAUUGAGAUAGCCUGUCAAAACCAUAAAGCAACACUAGCAAAAACACCUUACAUACAAAAUCAAAACAGGCUAUAAUGCUAUGGAUAUUUUAAAACACUUAAUUUGUAAAAAAAAAAAAAAAAAAAAUGUUUUCAUUUGAAGGUCGUGCUACGGAGGACUUAUUUUAAUGUGGAUAUUUCAAUCUCUCAUUUGACCUGUUGAGAACGCGGACAAAGACAUAAAUGCACAAGAAGUGUACACAUUCAUUUUUUUUAAAUUAUUGACAGGAAGCAGCCGAUACAAUGAAACAUCAAUAAAUAAGCUGGACGUCUGGAUUCGCCUUGAGGUGUAAGCGGGAGGUGUGCGCCAGGUCUUAUCCGUUUCUGGGCGGCUCGCAUUGGGUUAAGUAACGGAGAAAACAAAGGGUGUGCCCCUUCACGCCAUCUCCCUGAGAAUAAGCAGCACCAAGUAACGGGAGAUAAUUAGACUAGUGCGAUGCUGGAGCGCGCAACUUGGAAGCGUCGGGGGUACAGCGCUGAAGAUGGAUGAGAAGAGCUGUCAUUUCGUGUGACUUCACCUGCCCGACUGGGACGAAAGGGAACGGUCUUUAUAAAUGAAAGCAGCCCUAUACGAUCGCGAAGAGCCACUGGCUGAAGUCGCCCGCACAAGGAGAAAGCAGAUGAUGUCUCACACGCGACAGUGAUGCUAUAGCCAAAAAAGGCUGGAGAGAGCAGACUUCUCAAGGAUCUCCUUCAACAUUAUCCCAGGCGCUUCUGUUAACCUCGUUGAACUAGUAGGGCACUGCGCUUUUUGUUACUUUUGAGGCGCUCAAUACUUUGUUCCAGUAAAGUCAUGUCUUAUCCAGAGCGAUGGGCAAGAUCGAUGACAAGGAGAGGAUAAUCCUCAACGUUGGGGGAACCAGGCACGAAACAUACCGGAACACUCUGAGGACCUUGCCGGGAACACGGUUGGCUCUCCUGGCUUCCGAGUCUGACACGGAGUCCGUGCUCGAUCUGCUGCAACAAGUCCCGGGCUUCAUUGAGUACAACCCGAAAAACAACGAGUACUUCUUUGACCGCCACCCGGGAGUUUUUGCCUAUGUCCUCAACUACUACAGGACCGGGAAACUUCACUGCCCGGCCGAUGUCUGCGGUCCCCUAUUCGAGGAAGAGCUGUCUUUUUGGGGUAUCGAUGAGACCGACGUGGAGCCCUGCUGCUGGAUGACCUACCGGCAGCACAGAGACGCCGAGGAGGCGCUUGACGUUUUUGAGAUGAAUGUGGACAACGGGGACGGGGACGAUGAAGACAUAUGCAGAAGGCUUGGGAUUGAGGACAUGGUGUCAUCGGACGGCAGCGUCAGCCGCUGGAAAAAGUGGCAGCCGGUGAUUUGGAAUCUUUUUGAGGACCCCUACUCAUCCCGAGCUGCUAGGUUUGUGGCCUUUGCAUCCUUGUUUUUCAUCCUCGUGUCCAUCACCACCUUCUGCCUGGAGACCCACGAGGCAUUCAACAAGAUCAUCAACAAGACGGAGCAGAUAAGAAACGACAGCACAGACCUGGGGCCGCAUUACGAGAUCGAGACUGACCCAGCCCUGACAUAUGUGGAGGGCGUUUGCGUGUUCUGGUUCACCAUUGAGUUCCUGGUCCGUGUCAUCUUCAGCCCAGACAAGCUGGAAUUUGUCAAGAGCGUCCUGAACAUUAUAGACUUUGUGGCCAUUCUGCCCUUCUACUUGGAGGUGGGCCUGAGUGGGCUCUCCUCCAAGGCCGCCAAGGACGUGCUGGGUUUCCUGCGGGUGGUCCGCUUCGUGAGGAUCCUGCGGAUUUUCAAGCUGACCCGCCACUUUGUCGGCCUCCGGGUCCUGGGCCACACGCUGCGAGCCAGUGCCAACGAGUUCCUGCUCCUCGUCAUCUUCCUGGCGCUGGGCGUCCUCAUCUUCGCCACCAUGAUCUACUACGCCGAGCGCAUCGGCGCCAACCCCAAUGACCCUACAGCCAGCGACCACACGCGCUUCAAAAACAUCCCCAUUGGCUUCUGGUGGGCAGUCGUCACCAUGACCACCUUAGGCUACGGCGACAUGUAUCCUGAGACAUGGUCAGGCAUGCUGGUGGGUGCCUUGUGCGCUCUGGCAGGGGUGCUGACCAUCGCCAUGCCUGUGCCCGUCAUCGUCAACAACUUUGGGAUGUAUUACUCACUGGCCAUGGCCAAGCAGAAGCUGCCCAAGAAGAGGAAGAAGCACAUCCCUCAAACGGCCCAGGGGGGGUCACCCACUUACUGCAAGGCAGAGCAUAAUAUAGGGUGCAACAGCACCCAGGUGGAAACCUGCCACAACAAGGGAAACCGGGUGCUGGAGUGCAACAGAUCAGUGCUUUGGCCAGUGUUGUCAGGUGACUGCAGUGGAGGAAGUGACCUCACCAUGUCACCCGAGGAAAGGCUGCCCAUGCGCAGGUCCAGCAGCCAGGACAAGAACCGCAGGUCGGGCGGCACAUGCUUCCUGCUGGCGGCCAGCGACUACGCCUGCUCCACGGACAGCAGCUCCAGGAAGUCCGGAUACGAAAAAUCCCGGAGCUUAAACAACAUAGCGGGCGUGACUGGCAAUGCCCUCAGACUGUCUCCAGUAACCUCGCCGUACGGCUCGCCUUGUCCGCUGAGGCGCUCUCGUUCCCCCAUCCCAUCCAUCCUGUGAGGCUAAGGCUCGCCCGCGGACUCUCUAGCUCCCUCCCCGAGUCUCCUAAUUCAGUAGCAUCUAGAUAUUCAUAAUAGAAAUUGUGCAUAAUAAAAAUGGUGUAUAUUAGAAAAUGAUACAUUUUAUCAAUGGACAAAAAAACAAGGAACCUUCUCCCUACCAUGGCCAUAUAUGUGACGACUUUAACAAUAGUACUUUUUAUUAAAAAUCCCAGUAGCCCCAUAUUACGGUACUUAAUGGCAAUAAAAGGACUCUUAGAGGCUCAGGACUUGGCCAUUAUAUUAUGUAAAAAUGUAUUUAAUCAGGGAGCUUAUGUACAUACCUGUAUUUAGAUUACAAAAAUGUGCUUCCAAAAGAUAUCGCUCCAUAGGACCUCAUGUCUGUGAUUUUUUUAAUCCAUCUUUUCCGCGGAAUUGUCUGGAAUCCUGUCUUGAAUCACGUGCACGUCUCGUCAAACUCCUGGGCUCGAUCAUGUUUGCAUGGGUCAUCAUGUGGCAUCAUCCUGACGGCAGUGUCUGGGACGUUACGGUGGCACUGGGACGCGGAAUGUGCACUGGACCUGUGUUUGUGCAUUGUGCCUCUGGCUGGGCAAAAAAAAAGGAAGGUAAAAGGAAACAGGAAUGUCGUUUCUGUCGUUUAUUUUUAUUUAUUGAUAUUGUUUCUUAUUUUUGCAUGCGGAUUUGCUUCUCUGCUGACCAGCUGUUGGCAAACCCGUGAACAGAAGUGUCUCCGGUUGUUUACGUGCAGAUAGCUGCAGAGAGGUUGUCAUUACUGGUUACACGCAAGCAGACAGCAGCGCUCGGUCUUAAUGGCCUGGGGGGAAGUCGCAGACGAGACAGUUAAGGUAAUAUUGUCAUUCUAGCUCACGUUCCCCACAAUGUUUCUCCUGUGCUGUGCUUAUUAACAUCUCUUUGUGGGAAUCCACUCAACAGUUUUGGUCCCAGGUGAUCCUGUGAAACGGCUCAGCUCGUUAGAGGCAAUUACAUCAAAAGUCCCCGAUUCAAGCUCUGAUCUCACAUAGUUAUGUUUUCUCGAUUGGAUUUUUCAGAUGUUAAAACUUGUGAGUGGCGCUACAUGAAUUAAUCACGCAUAGAGCUGCGUGUUAAAUUCAGAAAGAAAAAUCUGGUCUUUUUCAUGAGGUCAAAACUUUUGCUGGUUGAGCCAGUAGGCAGUCAUGAUAAAAAGCUCCUCGUAAUAUCCUCGUAGAUGGCUGAUGGAGAACUAUCUGUAAGAACUCCUUCAUGUAUGUGAAGCCACAAGCCAAAAUGUGACUUGAAUUAAUGUACAGUAAAGAAAAAUCCCCAGAUCUCCCAAAGUGCCCGGUUAAUAUCACAGCGGAGGACCAACUUCAAAGACGAUCACAUUUCACCUUUCUUGAGCACCAUUCACUGCUAUUUUAUUCUAUCUCUUUAAUUUGGUGGAUUACCUCCAGGGGUCGUUCUGCAAGUUGCAGUUCAUAAAGACAGGAGGAAAAGUAUAAAUGCAUAAGAAAUUAUUUGUGACGUAAAUGUAUACAUAAGCUAAUUAACUUUCACAGGGGCGGAAUGAUAUAGAAUGGAUAGGAGAAAAUGUGUAACAUAAAUGUAUACAUAUGCUAAUUAACUUUCACAGGGGUGGAAGGAUACAGAAUGGAUAGGAGAAAAUGUGUAACAUAAAUGUAUAGAUAUGCUAAUUAAAAAGUGAUUAUUGCAUGUAUUGCAUGUCAGUCCUGACAAUGUUCCGGAUUCAUGUUCCCAUGGAUACGUUUCUGAUAUUUAGGGAUUUGCACUGUUGGGAUUUUGCUCAGAGACGCUUCCUCUUUACCAUGACGCUAAUGACGGAUCGGUGGGGGCACUGGCACCGCUGUGAGCGACACACGCCGCUUGUACAGUGUUAUUCACGGAACUCAAAGCCGCAGUCACGGUCCGAGGGUGGACACUGAAUGGGAGCCUCGCACAUUUGGAGUUGGGGGCUCAUUCCUGGCAUGGAGAGGGAGGCCCCCCUCCUGACCACUCUGAUUUCCCGGGAAAAAAAUGGACGAAUGGAUAUCCUUCGAUGGAAGACCGUUGACUGACCAUUGACCAUUGGAAACAUGACUGGAGAACCGAUGGCUUUGUAACACAGCACAGGGGCUCGUUGGUCUUGAUGGUCGGCCUGCUGAUGGACCGCCCAGUGCAGGACGGCUCCAUGUUCAGUGAACCCCACACAUCUUCUCCCUACCAACCCCCACAAUUAGCGUGUAAGAUGUAAACAGCCGAAAAUAGAAACGAAAUAACUGUGCUGUGAUAAAUAAAUGUGACUUAUGAUCAUCAAUAUUUUCUGUAUGAUGGUGAGCUCAUUUUCCUGUUUUGUUUUUUCCUUUCCUGAGAGUUUUGUUCUGAAAGUUCAGUGUGGAAACACUGAGAAUUUUGUGAAACUGAAGAGAAAGGCCACACGGUUCUGUCCGCCUGUAUUUUUCUUCAUCAAUUUCGUUUUGUAUAUUUUUAUUGAAUUUUGUUUUUGCCUCUGUGCGGUGAUAACUAUGACUGUCCAAUUUCAGUCAAUCACAAAUGAUAUUGUACUACUGGUCUCUACCAGGACUUAUCGUGGGGUUGGCGGUAGAUGUAAUGUAGCCUAAACACUAUAUAACGCGGUAAACAUUUGUGACCCUACCUGUGUCUUAUCUUUGAUCGCCGAUGGAUUGUUUUGCUAACUAGCUGUCGUACCUGCAUGAUGAAAACAGCCCCAGAGGCUUUGUGUCUGCAGGUGUGCGAGGCUGGUCAGUCUCAGUCUUCCGGGACGUUCUACAUGGGACUGAUGCGUUCAUUUAGACCAUAGUACCCAUUGGCUGUUCUUUUCUGCAGCUCCAGAGCCCAGCCCUGGCUAAGACCACAUCACCGCUGCUCAUUUUUUUCUGUUUCCAACAUGCAUAUGAGAAUCACAAGAUUACUAACAAAAUCGGCGUGUACCAAUUUGCACUGUGAUUUUAGUUUCGUACGAAUUAAAUGAUAUUGCUUAACUUUAUCCCUAAAAACAUGAGGCUAUGGGUUUCUCUCUCACGUGGGGAAAUUAGAAUUUUUCACAUCGACAGUAGAGAGAUUAGUAACUUCAUGUUGGAGUGAUUUGCACAGUGAUUACUGUGAUUACUGACUGUAAAAUUUCCACUUUAUCCAUCAUCCUCUGAUCAAAUCAUUUUUCAGGACAAGUUUUUUUUGUGCAUUUUCUCACCUGCUGCUUUUAACAUUAGAAUUACAGAGAGUAGCAUCUGCAAUGUACUUUUAACUUACAUGUUACGUACAGAAUGGCUUUAAAAAUGUAAAGCAUUUUCCCCCCUUUAAUGAAACACUUGUACUCCCGUGUCUCUUGUGGAAAAUGUAACUUGGUUACUCGUCUGUUUCAUUGUCAUUAUAGUCUAAUGCUGUGCUUCUGUAUAUCGUCCAGGAUUGUCUAAAGUAUUAAUUAGAGUCUUUAUGUUUUGUAUAAGUAAUGUGGGGGCAUUUUGGCACCUCAAAUUGCAUGCACAGCCCAUCGCAGUAUCGUAUCAAAAUGUAAAACCGACAUAAUUCAUACCCGAAACUGUGUGUAGAGUAUAAGCCAGAAAAAAUGUGAGAAACUGACAUAAACAUGUUUA